CAUAUUUCUUGUCAGAUGAAUCAUCAUUAUAUCAAUUUUUGGAAACCGCCAUACAUUGUUGUAAACGAAAAUGCCUUCAUAGGAAACAGAUAUAAAAACGCUUCAAUGCUCGAGCUGAAAUCAGUUGCAUUUUAUGCCACGAAUUAUUUAAAUUAGUCAUUGUCUAAGUGAAACGUAAAUUGAUUCGAAAAUUUUUCAAGACAUCGAUUUUGAAGAGGAGAGCAAAAUGAAGCUAUAUUUGAUCUUCAUCAUUGCUUUGGCAGGAGUCGUUUCCAUUUUUGGUUCUUCUAUUACGAAUCAGACAGAUGAAAAAUAUUAUCAUGUAGAACCAUUUUUUAAGACCAAUUGGUAUAAGGCUAAUGCAUAUUGCCGCGCUAUUGGUAUGCAUUUAUUGAGCAUUUCGUCGAAAGAAGAAAGUGAUAAAGUGAAGCAAGUGAUCAGAGAUCUUGGCACCGUGGAUGAAACUUUCUGGACAUCCGGUACUAAAUUAGGUGAUACGGUAUACUAUUGGUUGACUACGGGCAAGAAACUACUUUUCACUGAUUGGGCAGAAAAUCAGCCGAAUACUUACUAUGGAGGUAGACGUUGCAUUGAACUCUGGCACUCUGCUGAUUUAAAAUGGUCCAAUGAUGAUUGUGAUGACAUCUAUCGUGUUAUAUGUGAAAGACCAACGAAUUUAACCCCACAAUAGAAACAAACUAGAGUAUUUCCCCGUAGAAAUGUUGUGUAAUCAACACAUUUCUAUAUUUUGAAUGUAAUUUGAAAAUAUUGUCCAUUAGACAGUCAUAAUUGUGUGCAUAUUUGAUCAAAAUAAAAUAGCAUUCGAUUUCAUUUAA